AACCCUUCUGGUUGCCGUCACUUGGUGUUGCAGAGAGAGGCGAGGGACCAAGAUGAAGUACAAUCCGAGAGUUUCAAGCUCCCGCCGGAAGAGUCGGAAGGCUCACUUCACGGCGCCGUCGAGUGUCCGGCGAGUGCUGAUGAGCGCACCACUCUCCACCGACCUCCGCAGCAAGUACAACGCUCGCUCCAUGCCCAUUCGCAAGGACGACGAGGUCCAGGUCGUUCGGGGAACCUUCAAGGGCCGUGAGGGGAAAGUCGUUCAAGUUUACCGCCGGAAAUGGGUCAUCCAUGUCGAACGGAUCACUCGCGAGAAGGUUAACGGAUCCACCGUCAACGUCGGCAUCAAUCCUUCCAAGGUCGUGAUCACAAAGCUACGCCUCGACAAGGACCGCAAGUCACUCCUCGAUCGCAAGGCCAAGGGUCGCGCGGCCGCUGACAAGGACAAGGGCACCAAGUUCACCGCGGAGGAUAUCAUGCAGAGCGUCGAUUGAUCGGUUCGUUUUUGUCUUUUUUUUUUGUAACAGGUAUCUGUCUUAGAUGUUCUUUAUCAUGUUUUGUUUGGAUGGUUUAUUUUGAGGAUUUUGCAUUAUAAGUUGAGGUUCAGACGUUCUCUCUGCCAAAAUAUGGAUUUUAUGAUACCUUAAUGGAAUGUUCCUACUUCUUUAUGGUAUGAUAUUGUGCCUAGCAUUCUCAA